AUGGCUAGAAAUUUUGAUGAUAUGUUUAAUGAGGCUUUGUAUGGCAAAAGAAGACGGCAAGAUAACACACUCAUAGAUAAUUGGAUCGAUGAGUAUUUACUCGAAGAUUCAGAAGAAGAAGAUACCGAUAGAAGCUCUAUCCCAAUUACUCGUAGAUGGAUCAACAGAGAUCGAGAAGCAGGACAUGAUCGCCUUUUCCAAGAUUACUUUGCAGAUGAUCCGGUGUAUCAUGCUGACAUUUUUCGACGGAGAUUUCGAAUGAGAAGACAUGACGCUCUCUCAAACGUCUAUCCUUAUUUCCAACAGAGGGUUGAUGCAACUGGAAGAAGAGGCUUGUCGCCACUGCAGAAAUGUACUGCUGCGAUACGGAUGUUAGCAUAUGGAGUAGCAGCUGAUGCUAUUGAUGAUUAUAUGCGCAUAGACAAGAGCACUACAAUUGAAUGCUUGGAAAAAUUUGUUGAAGGUGUCAUUUCGGUGUUCGAGGAUGAAUACUUGCGAAAACCAAAUCCAAAUGACGUACAACGCCUACUACAAAUGGCAAAGGGUCGUGGCUUCCCUGGCAUGUUGGGUAGCAUUGACUGCAUGCAUUGGCAAUGGAAAAAUUGUCCAAAGGCGUGGAAAGGUAUGUACAUGAGUGGUUAUCGUGGGGUUGCAACCAUAGUACUUGAGGUUGUAGCAUCUUCAGACCUUUGGAUAUGGCAUGCAUUCUUUGGAGUUUCUGGUUCAAAUAACGAUAUCAACGUGUUAGAUCGUUCUCCCGUGUUUGAUGACAUUCUAAAUGAUCGUGCUCCGGAGGUAAAUUAUACUAUUAAUGGUAAUAAUUAUACAAUGGGAUACUACUUAGUAGAUGGUAUUUAUCCUGAAUGGGCCACAUUUGUCAAAUCAAUCUCAAAGCCACAAGGGGAGAAACGCAAGUUAUUUGCACAAUACCAAGAAGGGCAAAGAAAAGAUGUGGAACGAGCAUUCGGAGUGCUGCAAGCACGCUUUGUAAUUAUACGUGGUCCAGCUCGUUUUUGGGAAAAGAAGAAGCUUGCCAACAUAAUGAGAGCAAAUACUAAUUCUUUUCAAAAAUAUUAA